AUGCAUUAUGAAGAUGUUCGAUUCCUGUCUUCUGUCAGUGUCAUUUCUACUUUCGCCUUCUUCUUUCACCUCAGUGAAGCACUUUCCGUCCACGGAACUCUCUUCAGACCUUUAGUCAUAUUCAUGACACUCUCUUUAUAUAUCUGGUUCACCGUCUUUGGGCAAUGGAUUUCUCGUGCGAGGAGAGCGACAUUCAACGAACAAAAUCUCCUACUCACUUAUCAGCCGAGAGCGUUUACUCAUGGACAUCUUUUUGUGCCAGACCCUCCAACACCAUGUCGAUUCUCUCAAACUCCGGUCGAGUCGUGUACGGAUUCCGAUUUUCGUAACGCACGAGAUGCGCACUAUAAAGAUGAGUUUCACAGAGCAAUGAAUAUGUCAACAGAAAAGAAGAUGAUCCCACAAGAGAAAGUAGAAACUAUGAGAAUCGAAUUUGACCAGUCAAGUUCACCACCUUCGUCGCCGAGCAAUUCUGGAAAAUCGCCAAACUUCUAA